AUGACCAGCUCCGAGAUUAAAGCGAACGAUGGCCACGCCCAUAUCGAUGUGCCAGCAGAUCACAACGUCACGAGAGACGAAGGCGAGACUAGCCCGCGCAUCACGAAUGGAAAAGGCUGGGAUGGGAAGCUUCGUGUUCCGAAAUCGGCUCUCUUGUCGAACCCGGAAGCCUUAUCCGACCCAGAGUACUCGGAUGAUGAGAAUGUGAUGGAAGGAGAAGAGAUUGCAGCUGAUGAGGAUCUUCUGGACGGCGAAGAUCCAGAGACGGACGAAAUCAUGUGCACCCACUCCCGUAUUCGCUCGAUAGCGUCCCUCCGACUUGAGCGCUUCAAAAACGUGGCCCGAAUCUGCCUUCGACAAAACAGCAUUCAGGAGCUGGAUGGCUUACAGAGCUUGGGCGCUACCCUCGAGGAUCUAGAUCUCUAUGACAACCUCAUUUCUCAUAUGCGUGGACUCGACGAACUUUCCAAACUCAAGAACCUAGAUCUUAGCUUCAACAAGGUCAAGCACAUCAAGAACAUCGGUCACAUGACGGAGCUCAAGGAUCUGUUCCUCGUGGCAAAUAAAAUCAGCAGAAUCGAGGGCUUGGAGGGUCUGACGAAAAUUAAGAACUUGGAGCUGGGCUCCAACCGGAUCAGGGAAAUCCAGAAUCUUUCGACCCUCACGGCUCUCGAGGAAUUAUGGCUUGCGAAGAACAAAAUCACCGAGUUGACUGGGCUGGGGGGCUUGCCGAAUCUGCGAUUGCUGAGCAUCCAGUCAAAUCGCAUCAGCGAUCUGUCUCCUCUCAAGGACGUACCUACUCUCGAGGAACUUUAUAUUUCCCACAACAUGCUGGAGUCUCUGGAGGGCAUUGAGGAGAACCCGAAGCUUCGGGUCCUGGACAUUUCGAACAACAAGGUUUCCAGUCUCAAGGGUCUCGGUGGUCUGAAGGAACUGGAGGAGGUUUGGGCCAGUUACAACCUCAUUGCUGAUUUCGGAGAUGUUGAGAAGGAGCUCAAGGAUAAGGAAAACCUCAACACGGUUUAUUUCGAGGGCAACCCGCUACAGCUCCGUGGUCCUGCUUUGUAUAGAAACAAGGUGCGGCUGGCAUUGCCCCAAGUCAAGCAGAUUGAUGCGAGUACGUCGAACUUCCCCUUUCUCAACACAAUUGACAUGGUCUAA